AUGGAAAGUCUUCCAAAGUCCUUCAAAGCAGUCGCCUGCCCAGGGCCAAACCAAGGCUGGCGCUACCUCACGCGCCCUCUACGUCCGCCGAACCCCGCAGAAAUUCUCAUCCGCGUGCACGCCUCGGGGAUCUGCAACUCGGACCACUUCGUGCAAGAGGAAAAGUGGUCUGGUAUCAUCUACCCUCGCGUGCCAGGGCACGAGGUCGUUGGGCAGAUUGCGGCAGUCGGGGAGGCAGUGCGACAGCAGCAGAAGAUCGACGGGACCAGUGGGGCGAGCGGGGGAGAGGCAUGGGAAGGUGGGCGGUUCGAGAUCGGGAGUCUUGUGGGCGUGGGGUGGAAUGGGGGUUAUUGUGGACGGUGUCGGUAUUGCAGGAAAGGUGACUUUCCAGGUUGCCUUGAGCUUCAGAUCACGGGCAUCAACCAUGAUGGCGGACAUGCCGAGUACAUCUACGCCCCAGCCAACUCUGUAGUUCACUUCCCCCCAUCCGCGCUUGCCGACGCCUCCUACGCCCAGCUCACCUCGCUCCUCUGCGCCGGGACAACUGUCUACCAUGCCCUUCGCACCACGCCAAACUACGCACCAGGCGACCUCUGUCUCGUCCACGGCAUCGGUGGGCUCGGACACCUCGCCAUCCAGUAUGCGUCCAAGCUCGGUCUCCGCGUCCUCGCCGUCUCCGCCUCGCCUGCACACGCGUCCAAAAGGGGCGUCGCGCUCGCGCUAGGCGCGCAUGAGUACCUCGACGCAUCCAUCCCAGCCCCAUCAUCCCCUGCCUUACUCUCAGACUCUGAAACUGCACAGUUGGACGUGGAUGCGGGGGCCGCAAGGCUUGCAGAGAUCGUGGCCGCUGUGCAGGCGAUGGGCGGCGCCCAAGUGAUCCUUGCAACGACGCCCUCUUCCGCGAGCGUGAACGCAAUCAUCCCCGCCGUUGCGCGCAAUGGGUGCGUCACUGUUGUUGCGACGACCGACGGACACGUCGGGAUGGACAAUGUCGCGCUCAAUGUGCGCCGUGCCACGAUCCGCGGGUGGGCGUGCGGUGCGGCGGGCGAGACGGAGGAAUGCGUGCGGUUCUCGUGCGCAGUAGGGAUCAAGGCGAUCGUGAAGGAAUGGAAGUUUGAGGACUACGCGGACGCGUACAGGGACACUAUGGAAGGAAGGCCCGAAUUCCGGAACGCUCCGUGCAGUGGAGGGCCGCCUCGCCAAUUGCUGUACACUGAACAAGACGGCCGUAUACCAUCUUUUUUAUGCAAACCUGAAAACCGACAUUCAUACUCCGUGUGGAGAUGGGCAUGUUAUCUGCAAGUGCUAUCUCGGCCGCAACUCUCUAAGCCUCUGCGCCUUUGCGUCAGUGCCAGUACUCACAACGACUGCGGGACCGUUCGGAGACUAUCAAACUUGCUGAUCAACCCUAUAGUGACAUCCUCUCCAGACGCAUUAUUUGCCCCAUGGAGCAUGGCCAAACAGGACUCAAGGCUCCGCGGACUUCUCGAUAGCGAGCUAGGCUAA